CUUUAAUGACGAAAAACAAGCAACGAUUUCGCAGAAAACCUAUUUGUGGAUAAUGCGUGAGGUGUGUCGUCACAGCGAUGAAACGUGCAGUUUGCCUUGUACUACCAUCCUAUUUAAAACGGCACAGUAGAGGAUAGCGGAGUGUUUUUCAGAAAGGCUGCUCUGUUUUACUGGAAAUUUACAAAGUAACUGCAGAUCCGCAGAACUGCAAACUGUUUAUUUGCAAAAGCGACAACCUGAUAUAGAAAACUUAAAGGACACCUAAACAGAGUCUAAGCUUGAAGACUUAGGCAAGCACAUCGAUCAUUCAUUGAUACAGCGUAAAGAUGGAUGGAGAGAAGAAGCCAAAGCAGGUGACUGCUUUCUUGUUGUUCUGCGUGGGCACAGCGGUUAUUGGCUCCCUGCAGUUCGGCUACAACACUGGGGUCAUCAAUGCACCCGAGAAGAAAGUGCGAGACUUCUUCAACAGCACAUGGAUAAAGAGGUACAGCCAUCCCAUCAGCUCUGAUGUGGGCACCAUCAUCUGGAGUUUCGCCGUGGCGAUUUUCAGCGUUGGUGGCAUGGUGGGGUCGUUCAGUGUAGGCGCCAUGGUCAACCGUUUUGGGAGGCGAAAGUCCAUGAUGCUGGUGAAUGUGCUGGCCCUGGCAAGUGCGGCUCUGAUGGGCCUUGCCAAGGUUUGCUCCUCCUUUGAAAUGGUGAUAGUGGGACGUCUAGUCAUCGGCCUCUUUUGUGGCUUCUGCACUGGACUCACCCCCAUGUAUCUGGGCGAGGUGGCCCCCACCGCUGUCCGGGGGGCUUUUGGGACACUGCACCAGCUGGGUGUGGUUGUUGGGAUCCUAAUAGCCCAGAUCUUUGGCCUGGAGUCCCUGCUGGGUUCAGAGACCCUUUGGCCCCUGCUGUUGGCCCUGACGGCAUUGCCAGCAGUCCUGCAGUGUCUGCUGCUACCUUUCUGCACAGAGAGCCCACGCUACCUCCUAAUCACCCUCAACCAGGAAGAAGAAGCACGUAAAGUGCUUGUGCGGUUGCGAGGUUGCGAGGACGUGAGUGCCGACAUCCAAGAGAUGAAGGAAGAGAGCAUGAAGUUGGCCAUGGAGAAAAAGGUCACCAUCCCUGAGCUGUUCCGCAGUCACGCCUACAGGCAGCCCAUCAUCAUCGCCAUGAUCUUGCAACUCUCCCAGCAGCUCUCAGGGAUCAACGCGGUCUUCUACUACUCGACAGGUAUUUUUGCAAAUGCAGGUAUACCUGAACCUAUCUACGCCACUAUUGGGGCAGGUGCAGUUAACACAGUGUUCACUGUUGUAUCUCUCUUUCUGGUGGAGAGGGCGGGACGCAGAACUCUGCACCUCCUUGGAUUGGGUGGAAUGGCUGUCUGUGGUCUUAUCAUGGCUGUCUCCCUCCAGCUGGUGGACUCAACACCCCCGAUGAAGUAUGUGGCUAUUGUGGCAGUGUUUGGAUUUGUAGCCAUGUUUGAGAUGGGACCUGGGCCAAUCCCCUGGUUCAUUGUGGCCGAGCUGUUUUCUCAGGGGCCACGACCCGCUGCCAUGGCCGUGUCUGGCUGCUCCAACUGGACGGCCAACUUCAUUGUUGGGCUUACCUUCCCAAAACUGGAGGAGCUGUGUGGAUCCUAUGUCUUCAUCAUCUUUGUGAUCCUCCUCAUAUUCUUCUUCAUCUUCACAUACUUCCGUGUUCCCGAGACCAAGGGGAGAACCUUUGAGGAAAUCGCCUGUGGUUUCUCCAGACCUGAGAACACCGUGUCGAGCCUGCCCCCUGAGAAUGCCACGACCCUGCCGGUAUCACCAACCACUGAGAAGGUUCCCAUGGUGGAGUUUAUUGGGGGAACAUAAGACUACAGACCAGAACAAACAGAUUUAGCAGACAUAAUAUAUGAAUGGUUGAAAAAAGCAUUUGAAUUGUAUCUUUUGGAAAGUAUACAUAACAGGAUUUAAAGAUUAACCACAUAUGGUUCAGGAAGGUAAAAUAACCACUACUACUGUACAGUAUGUGUACUACCUUGAUUAUAAGGUUUAGGAAAUUUAGUUUUUAUGAGCAGAUAUUAAUUUAUUUAUUUUUUAAUUGCUAACUACCAUACCACUGGUAACUGUUUAGGAUACAGUACAUUUUAAUACUGUAUAGUGGAUGUUGUACUAGAGCUACACUUUAAGGAAAUAUGGACCAAUCUACUGCUAUCUGUCAGAGUGCAGUGUGUUCAUCCUCAGAUGAAACUUUUUUACUUAAUACUGGAAAGUGCAUUGCGUGGAGAGAAAGAAUAAAAUAAUGAAUAGGCAAAUUGUGGCAGUAAGCAUAUAACCGUAUAUACACUCACCUAAAGGAUUAUUAGGAACACCAUACUAAUACGGUGUUUGACCCCCUUUCGCCUUCAGAACUGCCUUAAUUCUACGUGGCAUUGAUUCAACAAGGUGCUGAAAGCAUU